AUGUUGGCGAUCCUGACAGCCAGUAGCUCAGGUGGCGUGCUGGAUAAACCCAUUUCUUCUAUUAAGACCAAGUUUUUGAACCAGACACCCCUCAAAGAGGGUCACCGCUUCCUUUUGGAGAAGGCAAAUAGCAGCCAACGCGAGGAAAUGGGAGUUCUCAAGAAUCCUGGCACUUUGAAUGAGCAGUUGGUGGCCAUGGUUAACUCCUCGUACGAUGUCAAAACUGAUUCUGCGACCAUGUAUAAUGUCGACACAUCCCGCUACGAAAUCAAAAACCGCACAUUGAGCAGUGCAACUCUCAAGUCCUUUUCUGGUUAA